GCUGUUUGAGCUGUGAUGCACGUGCCGUUUUCGUAAUUACAGUUACCACGGAUUUUUUCUUUCCCAUUUUACUCUCUGAUAAUGAAUUUCCUGUUCAACCGAAAAAAAUAGCUUUUAGAAGCAUUUUUGAGCUGUCAAUUCACCUUUCUCUAAUCAUUGGAUUAAGUACGGAAUUCAUUUGCUCUUGGAUGUAUUUUCUGAACUACUGCCAAGAAUACUAGAGAUAACUUGCAGUUUUGGAAUCCUUUUUCAGUCACAUGACGAACUGUUCAACCAAUUAAGUAGCAAGUAGUGCAAUAUUACUGUGUCCUUUCGGACAGCUGAAUUUCUCAACUCCUUAAGUUGGUAGACAAGUUCAUGUCACACUGAACCAUGAUGAGACCUUGGCACAGGAAAAAUCAAUAUCUUGAAUCUCAUGAAGAUGAGAGUGAUACCGAAUCUGAGGAACUAUUAGAUUCAGAGAACGAUUUACCAUCCAUGAUCUGGUCAACUUUGCAAAAAUUGAAGACUCCGGUCGCUUUCGCAUUCAGUGCGGUCAACCCGUCGCUGCCAAAUCCAGGCCUCCACCUUUUACGCCAUGGAGUCAUUGGUCUUCCGCUUUCAACUGAUGAAGCGAAAAAAAUCAUUUCAGAAGCCAGUCCUUCUCCUUUUGGGAGAGGAGAAGAGACAAUAGUCGAUAAUUCAGUUAGGAAAUGCUGGGAGCUAAAUCCAACUCAGUUUUCUCUCGAAAAUCCAGCGUGGGAUCAAGCUUUGAAAGUAAUAUUGGACUCAGUCAGCAAGGGACUUGGUAUUUCUAAAGGAGCAGAAAAGAUAUCAGCAGAAUUGUACAAGCUUCUUUUGUACGAGUCGGGAGCUUUCUUUAAGGCCCACACAGACAGCGAGAAAGGCCUGGGCAUGUUUGCCACCCUUGUGGUAUGCUUGCCCUCAUCCCAUGAAGGAGGGAGGCUCGUUUUAACCCAUGACAAUGAAAAGUAUGAGUUUGAGACGGCACUAUCUUCUAAGUUCAGCACAUCAUAUGCUGCAUGGUAUGCGGACAUUCGUCAUGAAGUAUUACCGAUAACGUCUGGGUAUCGGCUCAUGCUAGUUUAUAAUCUCAUGCGACCCUCUGACUUUGUGGUGCCAUCAUAUAAUCUUGCUUGUGAGCGAGUUCAAAAACUGUCCACACUGCUUCAACAGUAUGAUUUGCAACUUGAAAGUGGAGAUGGUACAUUGCCUCCCUUUUUGUUGCAUAGACUGAAACAUAAAUACACCCAGGCUAAUCUGAAAUUUAAUUUGCUCAAAAGCCAAGAUCUCAAUCAAGCUCUGGUCCUAAAACAAUUAUCAAUUGAACUUGGUUUUGAAAUGUAUCUUGCAACUCUAGAGUUAACAAUCAAUGGGGAUGAUGGAUGUGAUAGUUUUGAAGAAAUACAAAGAUCUCAAAAAUUGCAAAACAUUGUAGAGCUCGAUGGUAACCUCGUCGUUAAGAGUCUUUUUUGCUCAGAUAAUGCCUUAAUUGAUCCGACGCCGCAAGAUGAAGCAGGGGAGGCAGACGAAGAAGAUCAUGAAGGUCCGACAGGAAACGCCGGGUGCCCUGCAACUUAUUGGUACCGUGAUACCACCGUUAUACUUAUCCCUCCUUCUAAGCAACUGGAUUUUGCCUUUCAUAUGGAGUCUUAUGGCGAUGUUAUUGAGCCUUUGUUCUCCAAGCUGAUAGAGAAAUAUUCUCAGAAUCCUACUCAAAAACAAAAGCUAGAACAUCUUUGUGAAUUAGCUUUGAAACGCAAAGGACAAUAUGGAAGGGAUCUUGAUUAUUUGAGAGCCAUUCCACAUUUCUUCCAAAAAGCAGCUGCCACGGCUUUAAACGCAGGACUGUUUGAACUUUUCGAUGAAGCAUGCACCAAGACGACAAAUAAAAUUAUGCUUUUGCAUGAUAUUCCUCGAAUACUAGGUUGCUGGGCUGCAAAGAGAGGUUUUGUUACCAUGAGCGACAAAUUGUCAAGAGCUCUGUCAGCAGCAUCUUCCAUUGCUGAACAAAUAAACUUCCUAAGAUCAGUUACUAAUGGUUUUGAGGCAGGUUUGCAAGAUCCAUGUUCUGCCGAAGUAGCAAACUUCAAACAGUGGUCUGACAAAGCACUGUUAUCAGCAAUUUCACAAAUCACAACGCUCACAAAAGCAGACGGAAUAUCACUGGGACAGCUUCCCAAAACUAUGGACUGGAAGUUGUACCAAUCAAACUUGAUGCCUUCCAUUCAGAGAGCAGCAAAAGUUGUGAAAAUUUCGUUCACAAAUACAUUUUUGUCAUCCUGUCAGCAUGAACUUAUUCAAGAACAGAAAUCAUUCAUUGAGUAUAUCAUUCAAAGUAUCUGGGAAGAUUUUAUUUUUGACUUUACACAGCCAGGAUCUGUUGUAAAUUUUCCAGUCAACAAGGAGGAAAUUAACGCAAGUGACUGUAACCACAUAAUUGAAAAUACUAGCAGAAUAUUAUCUCCUGAAUACGUCGAGGCUGUAGUAAUACCAGCCAUGACUAAUGCAAUUCUGACUGCCUCAAAGAAGUGUUCUCAUGAAUUAUUCGUCGAGCUAGUACGUAUGAUCCUUAAAAACGAGCUAGCAGGUUUCAGGUUUCCAACUACUGAUUCAGAACCACCAACAUCGCAUAAAUGCUUUGUUCAAGCUCUUUUAAUAAAAUUUCUCAUCAAUGAUGUCGGUUUUGAACCUCAAGUACAAAAUAGUUUGUCUAUUCCACCUCGGUCUUGCAAGUGUAAAGACUGCUCAGUUGUGAACAACUUUUUACUGAAUCCCACACAGAAACGUUUAGAUUUUCCAUGCUCAAAGGCUCGCAGAUAUCAUCUUCACCAGAACUUCACAAAUUGCAGUAACUUAUGUUAUAAUGUGGUGACUAUUCGCUCUUGCGACCCUAACAUCUGGCGAAUUACAAAAAACCACCAACAAUGUUACAAAAAUGCAAGGGAUGUUUGGUUAAAGAAGACUGUAACAACUGUUCAAACUUUAGCAGUGUUGGAAAAUGAUGAACAAGUAAAAGGCAAACUGGAAAUGUACCUGCAACCGUAUUAUGACGUUAUUAUGAAUGCAAAAAUCAAAGAACUCCCUAAUUUAAAGCAUUUGAUUACAACACAUGGGGCAAGUAACCAUGGAGGCCCUGCCGACAAUCUCAGGAUUGAUCAUAUCGGUCAAGUAGGUCACAAACGAAGUGGAACUGAGAUCGAACUUCAAAAUUAUGAGACAAUCAAGCGCAGUAGAGAAGGGGCUCUGAAUAUUUAAAACCUUACCAUAAAUUUUAUGUCAAUUAUUUUCUAUUUUGACCAUUUAUCCUAUGAAAGCAAUAUCAUUCUGCUCUAAUUUGGUUUGAUACAUUUUAUACCUUUGUUUAGUUGUCAGUGGGAUUUAUGCCUCGCAUUAAAUAAAAUCUCAAUUUAUAGAAAGCUAAUUUUUCUCCUGUUUAAAAUGGUUUACUUUUUUAUCUGUGCACAAUUUUUUUUAUUAUAUUCUUUUUUUAAUGAGUUAAUGACUGGUUUCUUUACUAUUUUGAUUGUGAGCCUCACCUUGAAAACUUACUUAAAGACUCAAUUCUUGUUCAUUAGAUGUUUCAAUAUUGUACAAAAGAGAAAACCCUCUCCUGAUCUGACUAUCCCUGGAACUUUCGUAAGAGAUACCUUUGUGAAUUUUGAGAUCCCAAAAACAGGGGAUAGCCCUUUUGAAAUUUCUUGAAGAAACAGAACGUAACUCCGACGCAAAUGAAGGCAACAAUGCUCUCUUAAGUUCCAAUUAUUGAAAUAGCUGCUCUAUCCUUUGCUACGAUUGAUUGAUAUAAAUGCGUCACAGGAUAAUUAGGAACUUCAGGUAGUUUUUUAAGUAGACACUAAGAGAUAUUUUCGUGAAUUCAUGCUUUAGUAUUUAUGUUUUUCUUAUAUUUUUAUCCGCUCACCAAAUCAGAAAAUCCCUUGCAUUUGAAGAAAUUUUUCGUUUGAAUACCAAAAGAAAGCAAAUAUUACUCACCUAUGAUUCUUAAAUUUGUGAAUUAGCAUUCUUGAAAUGUGCUACUACACAAAGGUGUUACUGAAAUUUUGUAUCCAGUGUAAUUCUUCCCUUUUUUAACUCUAAAAAUGAUUUAGACCAGAGCCUCCUGUCAAAAACUCAUGGUUCUCAGAUUUUUCAUUGCUAUCAUAAGUUCUGCGUUUUCAGCAACAGUUAGAGGCAGACCAGUUGGAAAUUUUAGAUUUAUUUUUUAAAUUCUUAUAUUUUCCCCCAUAAAAUUGUUUCUAGUAUUUAAUGUUUGUACUUGGUACUAUUAUAUCUCUAUUAUUAUUAUGAUGAUACAUUUUCUUUUUGUAACGUAAUAAGUUCUUCAGUUAUAUUCCUGUCAUGUUAUUUUUCUUCAUAAUGUUUACUUUCCGCAUCCAGUCCAGAAUAUAUGAAUGUUAGCAGUGGAA